AUGGCAUCGCAAGAACAAGAUCCUUUUGUCGGCGGGGAAGGUGAAGAAGAUUUCGAUUUGAUGGCUCCCUUGCUGGUGGCAAAAUUACAGGAAGCAGGAAUAUCAGCUCAAGAUACGAAGAAACUCUCUGAUGCAGGGUAUCAUACGGUCGAAGCUGUUGCUUUCACACCUAAGAAAACGUUAUGUACGAUUAAAGGUAUAAGUGAACAAAAAGCCGAUAAGAUAUUGACGGAAGCAUGUAAGAUGGUACCGAUGGGAUUCACAACUGCUACGGAGAUGCAUUCGAGAAGAUCUGAAUUGGUACAUAUCACUACUGGAUCCACGGGCCUGGAUACCAUCUUAGGAGGUGGUAUCGAAACUGGUGCGAUCACAGAAUUAUAUGGUGAAUUUAGAACUGGUAAAUCUCAGAUAUGCCAUACAUUAGCAGUAACAUGUCAGCUGCCCGUGUCGAUGGGAGGUGGAGAAGGGAAAUGUCUUUAUAUCGACACAGAAGGCACUUUCCGACCGGUCAGAAUGUUAGCAGUAGCAGAGCGAUUCGGAUUGAACGGCGAAGAAGUAUUGGAUAAUAUAGCUUAUGCGAGAGCGUAUAAUGCCGAUCAUCAACUGCAAUUGUUGGUACAGGCUAGUGCGAUGAUGGCCGAGUCUAGAUUCUCACUACUCAUUGUCGAUUCGUGUACUUCACUUUACCGAACGGAUUUCUCAGGUCGAGGAGAAUUAUCAGCUAGACAGAUGCAUUUAGCUAAAUUCCUCAGAACACUCAUGAGAUUGGCGGAUGAAUUCGGUAUAGCUGUGGUUGUCACCAACCAAGUGGUAGCUCAGGUAGACGGGGGGCAAUUCGCAGUAGCAGAUGCCAAGAAACCUAUUGGAGGAAACAUCAUGGCUCAUGCUUCGACAACGCGACUGAACCUCCGAAAAGGAAGGGGGUCAUCGCGUGUGUGUAAAAUUGUGGAUUCUCCUUGUUUACCUGAAGCAGAAGCUAUCUUCGCUAUCAACGCCAAUGGUAUCGGUGAUCCAGAAGAGAUGAAGGAGCAGUAA